CUCCAAACAGCUACCCUCCUCUUCAGGACACCCAAAGAUGUCCGAUGUCAGCUGAAGAGGAGGGAAAAACUCAGGUUCCAUCUGACAGUGUGACGUAUGUGAAAUCAGAAGGGACUUGUCAACUCUGGGAACACAACUCAAGUUUUCCCAGGAUGCUUUGCAGUGGGAAGCUGGACUGUCAGUGACCCAGAAAGGGUGAGGGAUAGAGUGAGAAAGGGCUGGAGAAGCUAAAACAGCCGCAGGAUAAGCACAAAAGCCUGUGAAGAAGCUCAUUCUGAAAACGCUUGUUUCCUUCAAAACUCUUUUCAGAUGGAAAAAAAAGGAAACAUGGGUGGGAUUAACUGGAGCUGACCUGGAUUCUCCCUCCCUCAGAUUCCGGGAGGGGUUAUAAGAAAAGACCCCAGAGUUGGGCACGUCAAGCAGGGCGGACGCUUCGAGAGCCCGGGCUGCGGUCCCCAGGCCCCACCGGCUGCCACCUGCGGGCCCAAAUCGGCCCGGCCCCACCCCCGGCAACGCCUCUCGCAGUCCCUUAGCAACUGCCCCCUCCCCAGCCCGGCUCCGCCCGCUACUUACCAGCUCCUCGGGGGUGCGGGUCUCACGCUCACCGCAGCAGCAGCACCACCUGCAGCAGCAGCACAGAGACCCCCUGCACCCCGCCAUCUUCCUUCUUUACUGCCACUCUGGACCCCUCUGACAACCCCCUCCCACCCAGGAUCCGCGCCUCACGUGACUGGCCCCGGACGGUCACGUGGCCCUCUGGAGCUCUGAGACUGAGACCGGGAGUGGCUGCAGACGGGUGGGGCGACGGCUCGCGUCACAUGACGGUAAAGGCAUGGCCUCCAACGAGACCCGUGGGGGCGGCCAUGUUGGAGGCGGGGCUUCCGGUCGCCCGCAAGGGUGGUUUCCGCCCUGUAGUCCCGCCUCGCCAGCAACCCGACACCUGCGCCGCUCCCCUCCACUGCGUUCCCCGCCCCUCAACGGCCACCGGGCUGCGGCCGGCGGGCGAGCGUUCUGAGUCACCCGGGACUGGAGGCAGGAACCUGGCAAUGGUGAACGAAGCCAGAGGAAACGGCAGCCUGAACCCCUGCUUGGAGGGAAGUGCCAGCAGUGGCAGCGAGAGCUCCAAAGACAGUUCGAGAUGUUCCACCCCGGGCCUGGACCCUGAUCGGCAUGAGAGGCUCCUGGAGAAGAUGAGGCGGCGCAUGGAAUCUGGUGACAAGUGGUUCUCCUUGGAAUUCUUCCCUCCUCGAACUGCUGAGGGAGCUGUCAACCUCAUCUCAAGGUUUGACCGGAUGGCGGCAGGAGGCCCCCUCUUCAUAGAUGUGACCUGGCAUCCAGCAGGUGACCCUGGCUCAGACAAGGAGACCUCCUCCAUGAUGAUCGCCAGCACCGCCGUGAACUACUGUGGCCUGGAGACCAUCCUGCACAUGACCUGCUGCCAUCAGCGCCUGGAGGAGAUCACGGGCCAUCUGCACAAAGCCAAGCAGCUGGGCCUGAAGAACAUCUUGGCACUGCGGGGAGACCCUACCGGUGACCAGUGGGAAGAGGAGGAGGGAGGCUUCAACCACGCGGUGGACCUGGUGAAGCACAUCCGAAGUGAGUUUGGUGACUACUUUGACAUCUGUGUGGCAGGGUACCCCAAAGGCCACCCUGACGCAGAGAGCUUUGAGGCUGACGUGAAGCACUUGAAGGAGAAGGUGUCUGCUGGAGCCGAUUUCAUCAUCACGCAGCUUUUCUUUGAGGCGGACACGUUCUUCCGCUUUGUGAAGGCAUGCACCGAUGUAGGCAUCACCUGCCCCAUCCUCCCCGGGAUCUUUCCCAUCCAGGGCUACCACUCCCUUCGGCAGCUUGUGAAGCUGUCCAAGCUGGAGGUGCCACAGGAGAUCAAGGACGUGAUCGAGCCCAUCAAAGACAACGAUGCUGCCAUCCGCAACUAUGGCAUUGAGCUGGCCGUGUGCCUGUGCCGGGAGCUUCUGGCCAGCGGCCUGGUGCCAGGCCUCCACUUCUACACCCUCAACCGCGAGGUGGCCACCACAGAGGUGCUGAAGCGCCUGGGCCUGUGGACUGAGGACCCCAGGCGUCCCCUGCCCUGGGCUCUCAGCGCCCACCCCAAGCGCCGAGAGGAAGAUGUACGUCCCAUCUUCUGGGCCUCCAGACCAAAGAGUUAUAUCUACCGCACCCAGGAAUGGGAUGAGUUCCCCAAUGGCCGCUGGGGCAAUUCCUCCUCCCCUGCCUUUGGGGAGCUGAAGAACUACUACCUCUUCUACCUGAAGAGCAAGUCUCCCAGGGAGGAGCUGCUGAAGAUGUGGGGGGAGGAGCUGGCCAGUGAAGAAAGCGUCUUCGAAGUCUUUGUCCACUACCUUUCUGGAGAGCCAAACCGGAAUGGCCACAAAGUGACUUGCCUGCCCUGGAACGAUGAGCCGCUGGCGGCCGAGACCAGCCUGCUGAAGGAGGAGCUGCUGCGGGUGAACCGGCAGGGCGUCCUCACCAUCAACUCGCAGCCCAACAUCAACGGGAAGCCGUCCUCCGACCCCAUCGUGGGCUGGGGCCCCAGCGGGGGCUAUGUCUUCCAGAAGGCCUACUUAGAGUUCUUCACUUCCCGUGAGACAGUGGAAGCGCUUCUGCAGGUGCUGAAGAAGUACGAGCUCCGGGUUAAUUACCACCUUGUCAAUGUGAAGGGUGAAAACAUCACCAACGCCCCUGGGCUACAGCCGAACGCUGUCACUUGGGGCAUCUUCCCUGGGCGAGAGAUCAUCCAGCCCACCGUAGUGGAUCCCGUCAGUUUCAUGUUCUGGAAGGACGAGGCCUUCGCCCUGUGGAUCGAGCAAUGGGGCAAGCUGUAUGAGGAGUCGUCUCCAUCCCGUGCGAUCAUCCAGUACAUCCAUGACAACUACUUCCUGGUCAACCUGGUGGACAAUGACUUCCCACUGGACAACUGCCUGUGGCAGGUGGUGGAAGACACGCUGGAGCUUCUCAAUAGGCCCACCCAGAAUGAGAGGGAGGCGGAGGCUCUGUGACCCUGCGUCCUGACGCCCUGUGCUGGAGCCACUCCUGUCCCACCUGCCUCCUUUACAGGCUGCUUCUCUUGGGAACCCACGCCCCUGCAUGUCUCCCCCACACCUGGCCUCCACUCCCCCACCUGACGACGGCAGCUGGACUGGAGUGAGGCUUCCAGGCUCUGGCUGGACCGGAGUCGGCCUCACAUCGGAACCUGGUACUCCCUGCUCUAGUUGGGAGUCUGUGUGCUUUUGGUGGGAGCACUUCCAUCCUGCAGAGGACCAUGGUGGGUGGCACCCCCUGAGAAGGGGAGGAGAGUGGUUGUUGCCAGUCAAGCCCUCGAACCAAGGCAGCCUCCAGAGCCAGCCUGGGACUCCCAGUGAACUUACACUUGGGGCCGCACAACGCAGGCAGAACAUACACGGGCACCGGGUAUUGGUAGCAUCUUAGAGGAGAUGUGGCAAAGUGCCGCCUACUUCGACCUCCUAGAGGUGGGCAGCUGGGCCCCACCUACUUGUGACUGGAGGGGCACACCACUGCCCUGCCUGCCUGCUUAGCCAUCUCUGGCACCAGCCCCCUGAAUGGGCGUUGGGCUGACACCUAACGACGCACACAUUACUUGCUGCAUUCUAAGAGCACAGCUGGGUUCCUCCCCUUCCUACCGUGCUGCUUUUUGGCACAGUUGUCUAUUCUGAGCCUUGAGAGAAAAAGUGCCCGGUAAGGGUUGAAGGCAGUCUGAACCUUUGUGCUCGGUGGGGGUCGUGGCCUUCCCGUUCUCCGUGGCUGUGGAGGCCUAAUGCUGCCCCGUUCGCUAUCAAAGGCCAGGAUGAGACUCUCCAGCACAGGGGCCCUGGACCUGCCUGGGGCUGUGCAGCAGCCCAGCUUCCUGACUGAUUUUUCAGGUAGGCCCCCUUCCUGCCAGCUGUCCUUGUCGUCCCCUCGUCCUGUCCCAGAGGCUCUCUGCCUGGCACAGCUCCCCAGGAGUCCUGCAAGCCGCAUAGCUUGCGGGCAGUAACUGCCAGGUGCAGAUGGGCUGUUCCCUGUCUUGGAUCCCAGCAUGCAGGGUGGAGUGGGGUGGCCCAGAGCAGCCUGAUGGCACAGGGGGUGGGCGCAGUUGGGGGACUCCCUGGCUAGGAGAGAGAGAGGGCUGGGUUCAGUUCUGCUUUUUAUUCUAUGGGAACAAGUCACAACUGCAGCUGGGCCCUGGGCUCUGCCCAAGCCCCCGACCCACGGGGCUCCAGCAGCUUCCUGUCUGCUCUUAGGGCAUUAGGGCCUGGCUUGCUCCAGGGUCUCCAGCUACUGGCACGUCCUCUCCUUGGGCUCCUGGCUGCCAGGUGCUGGUGCCACUUUUCAAAGGCCUGGAACUGGGGAGGGGAGCAAGUGCUGUUGUUUUGGGCUCCCCCAGGAUCUGCGCUGUGCCUGUUGGAGUGUGAAGCUGUGCUCAGAGUGGAGCAAAGGAGGGAGGGGGCGCUCGGGACCAAGGCCCUCCACGGGCCAGUGUGGGUGGCAGCUGUGCCUCAUGCCAAGCCUUCUUCCCAAACUGAGGGACCGGGCCUGAGCUGGGGCCACAAGUCAAAUCAAGGGCUCCAGCAUUCAGCCUGUGUGUUUUGUCAUGGAACUGACCCCUCCCCUGGAAGUGAAGGAGCCCUGGGGCUGGCAAACAGGGAAACCCAGCUCUGCAGUGCGUGUCGGGGGCACAGGCUUUUGGGAGGGCUGGCUGGGUGGAGUGGAGAGAAGAAGGCAGUACCUGGGAAAGGACCCAGCCAUCUUCUUGCCGCUAUAACUGCUAAGCCCCUCCCAGUCGCAGGAUCCGCUGCUGCCACGUCUGCCGGGCCCAUCUCAGGUGCCACUCCCUGAGCUGUGGGGACAGUUGGUGGAGAAGGCCUCUUGUGCCCAUGCUCCCCCACAAUCCCUAGCCCUUCUGCCUUUCUCCUCCUGCACCUCUGUGGUCCCACAGUUAAAGGCUGUGACAAGGGGGUGUCAUCUGAGGAGUAUUCACAUGGGGUUUAGGAGUCAGUAGGUCAAAGGGCCAUACUUUGAGAGACUGUCUCUAGGGAUGAGGGCUGAGUAUGAGGUGAAAAGGGAGAUGGUAAGUGUGGAGAGGGGCAGCACCUGCUCACCAGGGUCCGUGCCAGCUGCUCUGCCCCUUGGCCAUCUACCCAGUGCUGCCAUCCCACUGCCAGGCACCUGACCUGCUGGGAACCCUGCAGCCCACAAAGCAGUGCCUCAAGGUACCAGUGCCACAGGUACUUCCUCCUGAAGGCCAAGAGCAUUGUGAUCCUUCAGGGCCAGAAGAAGGGCAGAGCCCUGCGCCUGGGCCACUCCUCCGGGAUCCUGCAGAAAUGAGCACUGACCAGAGGGCCCAGCUCCAGCCCUGGCUCAGGCGAGCCCCUUGGCCCCUGCCCCCAACCCUCAGACCCCCCCAAACUGCACACACACACAGCUCCUGUCACCCCAGCCUCCUUUUAUGGGCCUCGCCUUGGGCUUUGAGGGAGCAGGGCUCAGGGCUGGGGUGCCAUCUUGGUCCCUGGUCCCUGGUCCACAGGGGCAGGUCUGGGACUGAGCUACUCUGCCAGAGCUGGAUGGCAGGGCAGAGGGGACACUGUCUGCACCCUGGAAAGGGGAGUUGAGUCAGAAGAGGUUACUGUGCGUCUAGGAAGGCCACUGCCCUCGGUGCCAGCCUAGGAGUUGAGUACAGGGCGGAGGAGGCGCUGAGCUCAGCCUCAUGCCCUGCCCCGUAUCUCCCCAGGCCUCCAGCUGCCCUGGGCUGGAGGGAAAUCAUGGGGGCGGGGCAGGAACGUGAAGUGUUUUCUCAGAACAGCUGAAACAUUCCCAAGAGGGAAUGGAUGAGGAAAACAGUCGAUAUACGAAGACUGUGUCCCAAGGAGCUGAUUUCCAGGCCCUUGAGGGCUGGAGACCAACCACUUUGUCCCUGUGCUUCAGACACCGUCCAUUGCACCGCUUCACCCCUGCGCUUCAGACACCGUCCAUCCCACUGCUUCACCCCUGCGCUUCAGACACCGUCCAUCCCACCGCUUCACCCCUGCGCUUCAGACACCGUCUGUCCCACCCCUUCACCCCGUGCUUCAGACAUCGUCCGUCCCACUGCUUCACCCCUGUGCUUAACACCGUCCAUCCCACCGCUUCACCCCUGCGCUUCAGACACUGUCCAUCCCACUGCUUCACCCCUGUGCUUAACACCGUCCAUCCCACCGCUUCACCCCUGCGCUUCAGACACUGUCCAUCCCACUGCUUCACCCCUGUGCUUAACACCGUCCAUCCCACCGCUUCAUCCCUGCACUUCAGACACCGUUUGUCCCCGGGGACAAGGUCUCCUUAGAGCCCAGGCCAUUCUCCUUGGCUUCCUCUGUCCACCCAGGCUGCACUGCAGUGAUGGCCCAGGCGGCACUGGCUCUGUGGCCUGUGUCCAGCAGCUGCGGGUCUGAAGGAACAGCCAGAGAGGAACACCUGAACCCCAUGGGCUUGGACCUCCUACGGCCCCACUGGGACUUCUUUGCUGCUCUGGCUGGCAGAAAACAUCCUGCCUCUUCUUCCACCCAUUCCCCCGUGUGGCUGAAGACAUUAAACAGUGGGGUGGGACCAUAAUAGCUGCCCCUCGGUCCCUGGAGUACCGCCCGGGAGGUGAGUGUUUCUCUCCUCACUUAAGACUGUUCAAAGCUGAGUUACUUAUCUGAGGCCUUACCCCUCAGAAGUGAUCUGACUCCAGAGCCCCCAGCUAGUACUCUCUACAGAGAAGGGGCUCUCCAAGGGGGCUGUUGGGGCAUGUGUGCUUGUGGCAGAAAAGAGGGGUCCUGGAAUUAAGCACCCCAGGUGCCAUUCCCAGCUUUUAGUUUUCAGAAGCCUCAGUUUCUCCAUCAAUAUGAGAUUCUUGUCUUUACUGACAAGAAUGGAAUAAAAGUAUAAAAGUACUUGGAAAAGCAUUUGCCCUGUAACUUAUCUAGAAAGAAAAUACCCUAAGAGCCCAGAAUCUGCUGUUGCCUUUGCUGCAUAUGUGUGAAUUCUGCAACUCGCCAAGGCUACUCCCUUUCAAUUCCACUUAAAAAACAGAAACCAGCAAGCAUGAUGGCUCAUGGCGGUAUGGGCCUGCCCAACACUUGAGAAGGCCAGGAUGAGCAGAUUGCUUGAGCCCAGGAGUUCAAGACCAGCCUUGGCAACAUAGUGAGACCCCACUUCUACAAAAAAA